AGAAGUUUUAAUGUAAUUAAUUACCAAAAAAGGAAGGGUCUUAUUAGUCCAGUAAGCUGAAUUAUCAAUUUAAUGUAUUAAAUGACGUAACUUAUUAUCUAAAGGGUGUUCAAAAACUAUAGAACUCUAAAAAUAAAUUUAACACAUAAGAACUGUCUCCUUAGCAUUAAUGGAGGUUCCACACACACUGCACUUCCUUAUGGUAUUGUAAUGAGCAGCGUUUUCACGACUGGAAGACGUCACAUGGAUUUCGUUGGUACGAAUACGUUCAUAUCGGACCAGUAACCGUCUGCGCAAAUGAAGAAUUAGUGGAAUCUUUAAAAUAUACGCUAUUCCGGUCAAGCGGGUGUGAGAACUUUAUUGUAGUGUUGACUACCUCACAGCAGCUUAUCUAACUCGAUACAUUUCGUGCCAAACACCUUAAGAAACAUUAGAAUGCGUCUUACCGACAUUUUAAUGUAAAAAAAAAACAAGUUUAAUAAAACCUAAGAUUAGGCUGUAUGGGCAUUGUUCCCUUUGCCUAAAAAGGGAGAAUUUAAAAAAAAUGGUUUUUGUUUGUUGGGCUGUCAGUAAAUUUUAAAUUGCUGUCAUUCAAAAUUUCAAAUUUUGUAUUUGAAUUGAUUUUAUAUAUAUUUAUUACUAUUUAAUAUUUAUGCCAUUGAAUCUAGUUUAUCCAAUUUCAUUUUUUUUGUAUAUUCGGUGUCAAAAUGCAAAAAACGAAAAAGAAAAGGGGUGAAGAAGAGCCCAUGGAUAUAGACGACGGUCUUCCCAACCAAAACACCGCUGGUGAUUCAAAUCCAGAUAAUGUGAAUGGUGAAAUAGACCACAUAUCAGAUGACGAAGAAGGUGGUGUUCGUAUUGGUGACAUAUACAUACCGCCCGCGCCAAAACCGGCGCUUACUUUCGACGCUACUGGCCCGCGUCUCAUUAUAACACACAUUGUAAACGAGAACUUCAAGAGUUAUGCUGGUGUCCAAACCCUGGGCCCCUUUCAUAAGAGUUUCACAGCAAUUAUCGGGCCUAAUGGAAGUGGCAAAAGUAACGUCAUCGAUUCCAUGUUGUUUGUGUUUGGUUAUAGAGCAACCAAGAUUCGCUCAAAGAAGAUCUCGGUUCUAAUUCACUCUUCUAGUAAAUAUCCAAACAUCAACAGUGCUACAGUUGCAGUUCAUUUCUGCCAGAUUAUUGAUGGGGACGGCGAAGACUACACAGUGGUGCCCAAUAGCGAGAUCGUGGUGUCCCGAUCGGCUUCCAAAGACAACUCCUCGUUCUACACGUUGAACGGACGCCGGGUGCAAUUCAAGGAGGUGGCCAAGAUGCUAAGAUCUCACGGCAUUGAUUUGGACCACAACAGGUUCCUGAUUUUGCAGGGUGAGGUAGAACAGAUAGCAAUGAUGAAACCAAAAGCUCAGACUGAACACGAGUCUGGUAUGCUGGAGUAUUUAGAAGAUAUCAUUGGUACAUCUAGGUAUAAGGAACCCAUAGAGAAACUAUCCGUGAAGGUAGAAGAGUACAGCGAGAUGAGGAAAGAAAAGCUAAACAGGGUACGGCUGGUGGAACAAGAGAAGCAGAAAUUGGAGCAGCCGAUGAGGGAAGCUGUGGAACAAAUGAAUCUCACUAAUGUAGCGCUGAGGACGAGGAAUCUGUUACUACAUAAGUAUAUACACGAAACUAACAAAAUCAUAGAGGGCAAAGAGAAAGAAAUGGUGGAAUUGAAAGAAAACUUAGCGAAGAUCGACGAGAAACUGCAACAGAUCAAAGAAGAGUUGCAAGAGAAAACCACCGUGCUCAAGAAUGGUACUCAGAAAUACGAUAAACUCCAGAAGCAGAAAGAAGAAAUAGCGGAAAAACUGCAGAGUUGCAAGAAGAAGACUGUGACAGCACAAGCGGAUAUCACGCAAUCGAACAAGAAAAAGAAGAACUUGGAUCAGCUUCUAGAACAAGAGAGAGGGAAACUCAUGGAUUUGGAAUUGGUGCCUGAUAAAAAUAAAAGAGAGAUAGAAGAUUGUGAGAAAUUGUUGGAGAAGCAUAAACAGAAUAAGAAGCAGGCAGAGGAAGAGUUGCAAACUGUCAUGGCAGGUGUAAGGUCCAAAACGCAAGGUCUACAAGAGACCAAAGACAAACUGCAAGCGAAGCUUAUGGAUUUAAAGAAGAUCGUAGACGAAGCGAACAAAGAGUAUAAAUUGGCCGAAUCUGAACUCAAAAUAUACUUGAGCACGGAACAAAAGGAGACGGAGAAACUGGAGAAGAUGAGAGAGGCAUACGAAAAGGCUGCUAAGGAUUUGGAAGAGAAGAAAUCGUUACAACAAGAACUGUCAUCGUCUGUACCCACUGAUGAGAAGAAAUUGUCAGAGAUACAAACGCAGUUAAACAGUUUGAAGAGAGAAGAGUCCACGGUAUCUAAUGAAGCCAGAUCUCUGAGGGCACAGCUGGAAGAAUCUAGGCAAGCUAUGAGCGCAAAUAAAUCCCGUGGCAGAGUAUUGGACGCACUCAUGAAGGAAAAGAAGACUGGCAGACUUCCAGGGAUAUACGGGAGAUUGGGUGAUUUAGGAGGCAUAGACGCCAAAUACGACGUCGCUAUAUCUACAUGUUGUGGUGCAUUAGACAACAUAGUAGUGGAUACUGUUGAAACGGCACAGGCUUGCGUUGAAUUCUUAAAGAGAAACGACGUCGGCAGAGCUACAUUCAUAGCUUUGGAUAAACAGAAUCAUUUACAGCAACAUAUACAUAAUAGGAAUACAUAUCCAGAGAACGCUCCCAGGUUAUUCGAUCUGGUGAAAGUUAAGGAUGAAAGAGUCUUACCAGCGUUUUAUUUCGCACUCAGAGACACAUUAGUAGCUAAAGACUUGGAGCAGGCUUCCAGGAUAGCUUACGGACAUACUAGAUAUAGAGUGGUGACACUUAACGGGGACGUCAUAGAGAUUGCUGGUACUAUGUCUGGCGGUGGUAAAACCACGAUGCGUGGUAGAAUGUCCAGUUCAGUACAACAGGACACCAGUGAGCAAGACCCGCGUAUAAUGCAGGCUAAUGAGAGGAAAUUGGCUGGUUUGGAACAGAGACUAACAGAAUUACGUGGUGAACAAGUAAGCUUGGAAGACAGCGUUGUAUCCUUGCAAAGAUCAACGCGCGAAGGAAAAACUACCCUCAACAAAUUGAACAUUGAGUUGAAGAGUUUGACCGAACAAGUGCCUAGUUUGAAGACCCAAAUCAAACAACAAGAGAACAAAGCGGCCUCCAGUAAAGUGGACGCCAAACAGAAGGCUAAGCUCGAAGCGGCCUUGAAAGCGGCAGAACAGAAGCUAGACAAGGCGAAAUUAGACGCUGGCGAGGUAGAAGAAGAGGUGCAUGGUGUAGACGCUCAAAUAUCAGCGGUCGCCGGCGGCAAGGUGAAGUCUCUACAGAAUAAUGUGGACGAUUUGACCAAGAAAAUCGAUAAGGUCUCAUCGGAAAUCACUAAGCUAAGAGUCGCAAUUAACACUAGCAUAAGGAAUGCUAAGAAGUCAAAAGACAAGAUCAACCAAAUGGAGGCCGAUCUGAAAGAGACAGAGAAGAAUCUAGAAAACUUGAACAAUCAGAAGAAACAACUCACUUUGGACAGUGCACAGCUACAGAAAGAGAUGGAGGAAAUUGAAGAACAAAUAAGUGAAGGCACGGGUGAAUUCUCCGAAUUGAAACAGGAGAUAGCUAAACUGCAAAGCAAAGAGAACAAAGUCAAGAGCGAACGUUUGGAAGCCAAUAACGCUGUUAGCAAAAUGGACAAAACUAUACAGGAUUGUAGGAGUAAGACACCGAUGUGGGAGAAGGAGCUUACAACUUUAAAACUAGAAGAUCCAGGUUUAGACGGUAUUCCUGGUAUAGAAAGACCGGCGCCGUUAGAGAAACCCACGCCCGACGAGUUGGACGACGUAUCCGUAGACGAGUUGAGGAACCGAUUGGCCGCGCAGAAGGCUAGGUUGGGCGAUGCUAAACCCAAUAUACAGGCUAUACAGGAUUAUAAAACGAAAGAGGAUUUGUAUUUGAAACGCGCCGCCGAAUUGGAUGAGAUCACCACCAAGAGAAACGAAAUGAGAGCCCUCUACGAUCAGCUGAGGAAGAAGAGAACUACAGACUUCCUUUGCGGUUUUAACACAAUAACUACAAAACUGAAAGAAAUGUACCAAAUGAUAACACUGGGAGGCGACGCAGAGUUAGAGUUGGUAGAUUCGUUGGACCCUUUCACAGAAGGAAUCACGUUUAGCGUCCGCCCCCCAAAUAAAUCGUGGAAGAACAUUUCCAAUCUUUCCGGAGGGGAGAAGACUCUCUCUUCUCUUGCGCUAGUGUUCGCGUUACAUUACUACAAACCUACGCCACUCUACGUGAUGGACGAAAUAGAUGCCGCGUUGGACUUCAAGAACGUUUCUAUUGUCGCCAAUUAUAUCAAGGAACGCACGAAAAACGCCCAAUUCAUCAUUAUCUCCCUCAGGUACAACAUGUUUGAGGUAUCGAACCGUCUAGUGGGCAUAUACAAGACCGAAGAUUGUACGAAGUCUGUGACUAUUGAGAAUAAAGUGCCAGAAAUGCCUGCCGAUAUUGUGGCUUAAUGUGUAAAAAAUAAGGUCUCAUUUGGAAUGUGCCUUGUGUAUUGAAUAGGUAUGAAAGAUUUAUAAUUUAAGUUAAGAUAUAAUAAUUCAUUAGCAACUUUGUUUUGUUGUUUUUCUUUAUUAAAUAGGCAAUAAUUUGUAAUUUGUGUUGAGUAAUUCAUGAAAUGCUAAAAAUAUUUGUUAAAAACUUACAGUUCUAUAACUUCUUUUUUUCAAACCUAUCAUUUAUAAGUUAAUAAUGUUACUAAAGUUUUUGCUAAAAUUUGUGGAAAAUAUGUAUAUACCUGAUACUUGAAAGAAAACUAAAUAAUGAUCUUGUAUUUUAAAGAAAAGGAUAAAAUAAAACAAUGGAAGUGUUUAACUGUGUUUUAAAUUUUA